CUAGGUGUCCAUAAACAUUCACUGACUUUAAUCUGAUGGAGUUAAAGUGAGUAGAUGAGCUGACUAGCCUGUGAUGUGACAACGAUGCAGCUUUGGAAAAAGUUUACACUAAUAGCUUGCAUCUUGCUUUUAAUUUUGUUUGCAAACAAUCGUGGACACUUCUGACUGCUGUAUUCCACCGGAGUGUCAGAACCUUCCACUGUUUCUCAUAGUGUCGUUUGAGGCUGUAAUCAUGUUCCCCAGGGUGAUUUUGAAGGGAACUAUGAUUAAAAAAUCUCAACAAAAGAAAAGAACAUCCCCUUGCAACUACAAGGAAAGGUUUUUUGUAUUGGACACCCAAGAUCUGAAGUAUUCUGAACGCCGUCCUGGGAAAAAGCCAAUGGUGAAGGGUUGCAUCAAGCUGCAUGCAAUCAAGUGUGCGGAGAUUGUGUGUAGUGAUGUCUCCAUACCAUGCGACUAUAAAUACCCUUUUCAGGUGUUUCACAACAACCUCUACCUCUACAUUUUCGCUCCAGACAACGAUUGUCGUCAGAGAUGGGUCAGAGCUCUGAAAGAGGAGACUAAACACAACAAUUUAGUUGCAAAAUACCACCCGAACUUCUGGAUGGAUGGAAAGUGGCGAUGCUGCCAACAAACAGAGAAACUGGCAGCAGGUUGUAAUGUGUAUGACCCAGUGGGCUAUGCUUCUAAAAAGCCUCUUCCUCUUCUCCCAGAUCCAGAUUCUGAUCCCCAGGAUGACGGACAGAGGAUGGUCAUUGCUCUACAAGACUACACACCUCAGGGAGACGAUGACUUGCCUCUUCAGAAAGACCAGGAGUACAUCCUGAUUAACGGCAACCACUCUGAGUGGUGGGCGAUAGAGGAUGAACAGGGGAACCACGGCUUUGUACCCAGCACUUAUGUAGCUUUAAAACAAGGCAAAAACUUUGAGAGAUUUGAAUGGUACAACAAAAACAUAACCAGAGGGGAAGCAGAGGAUUUGUUAAUGAAAGAGGGAAAAGAAGGCGCAUUCAUGGUGCGUGACUCGAGGCAGGCAGGAGUGUACACAGUGUCAGUCUUCACCAAGGCACCAGGGUCAAACGGGGAGAAGAAUCCGAGGGUGAAACAUUACCAAAUCAGACAGGCAGAAACAGGAGAGGCCACAUAUUACUUGGCAGAGAAGUACCUGUUCAGCACCAUUCCUGAACUCAUUCAUUACCACCAACACAACGCCGCAGGAUUGAUAACACGUUUGAGGCACCCUGUCUCCUUAGACAAGAGCUGCUCCCUUGACCCCGCUGAUCCCCUGAAAGAUCAGUGGGAAGUGGACCCUGAGGAGCUGACCCUGGGUCAGGAGUUAGGCAGCGGGCAGUUUGGCCUUGUGUUGGAGGGGAAAUGGAAGGAUAUGAAGGUGGCGGUGAAGAUGAUAAGAGAGGAGUGCAUGUCAGACGAGGAUUUUAAAGAUGAGGCGAGAGUUAUGACGAGGUUGUACCACUAUAAGCUAGUCCAGCUGUAUGGUGUGUGCACCCAGCGUUCCCCCAUGUGCCUGGUGUUUGAGUUCAUGGAGAAGGGCUGUUUGUCAGACUACCUGCGAGCCAAAAAGGGCUGUUUAUCUCAGGACACCAUGAUGGGGAUGUGUCUGGAUGUCAGUGAAGGGAUGGCUUACCUGGAGAGCUCCAACUUUAUUCACAGAGAUCUGGCUGCCAGGAACUGUCUUGUUUCGAAGAACAAUGAGGUGAAGGUGUCGGAUUUUGGUAUGACCAGAUUUGUGCUGGAUGAUCAGUACACAAGCUCCCAGUGCUCCAAGUUUCCUGUCAAGUGGUCAUCCCCAGAGGUCAUCAGAUACUGCAAGUUCAGCAGCAAGUCUGACGUCUGGUCUUUCGGCGUGCUGAUGUGGGAGGUGUUCACUGAAGGCCGGCUUCCUUAUGAGAACCGCACUAAUGCUGAAGUGGUCGACUCCCUGAACGCUGGCCUGAGACUCCUGAAGCCACGCUUGGCCCCUGACGCAGUCCACCAGCUGAUGGAGUGGUGCUGGAAGGAGAAACCAGAAGAUCGUCCAUCCUUUGCUCUCCUCCUGCAUGAGCUGGCCUCCCUCUCAAACAGUUGAACGGAAACAAGACUUGAGCUUGGAAACAAGAGAAUAGUUUUAUUUAUUUUAUUUAUUAUUUUAUACCUAUUAUUUGUAAAAUGUGAAGCUUUUUGGGUAAGAUUAUAAUAACACAAGAGGGUUUACAAUCCGUGGCUUCUGCACUUUAUCUGUUUCAUAUUUUGACAUGAAGUUUAUUUUUGAGAAAGCCCAUGAUCCCUUUCUCUGCUGCUUACUGCAGCUUUAUUGUAUCAUUAAAAUAUUCCACAAUUUAUCUAUGUAUUUAACUGUGAGAAAGGUAUUUUGUGUAACACUCUUGUAAUGAAUAAAUCCAUGUGAAAACAUG